AUGGCCAAAUCAAGAGGCGUAUCCGGCAAGACCGGCAGCGGUGCGAGCAGCAGCCUUGGCUCUCUGCACGCGCUGUUCGACCCUGUGCCGCUCUUCUCCAUCGCCGUCGCCCUCCGCGCCGUGCUCCUCGUCUACGGCGCGUGGCAGGACGCCCACUCCGCCGUCAAGUACACCGACAUCGACUACCUCGUCUUCACCGACGCCGCGCGCAUCGUCGCCUCCUCCCCCGGUGACGGCAGCCCCUACGACCGCGCCACCUACCGCUACACGCCGCUGCUCGCCUGGCUGCUCGCCCCGACCGCGCACCGCCGCCUCUUCGACCUCGGCAAGGUGCUCUUCGCCCUCGCCGACCUCGUCGCCGGCUGGCUGGCCCUGCGACUGCUUCUGCGCCGCGGCACGCCGGCGCGACGGGCCGGCGCGUUCGCCGCCCUGUGGCUCUGGAACCCCAUGGUUGCGGCCAUCAGCACCCGCGGCAGCGCCGAGGGGCUGCUCGGCGCGCUGACCAUGGGGCUGCUGUGGGCGGUGGAGCGACGCCGGGUGGCGCUCGCGGGCGUGUUGCUCGGCUUGGCGGUGCACGUCAAGAUUUACCCGUUCAUCUACGCGCCGGCCAUCGUGUGGUGGAUGGACGAGAAGAGGAUGGCGACGGCGAUGGGCAGCAGCGGCAGCAGCAGCGCCCAGAAGAAGAAGGAGAAGCUGAGCCUGAUCGAGGCUGCGAUCGGUUUUGUCACGGCAGCGCGCGUGAAGCUGGCCGCCGUCAGCCUGGCGACGUUUGCCCUGCUCAACGCGCUCAUGUACUCAAUCUACGGGAUGCCGUUCUUGGUGCACACGUACUUUCACCACGUCACUCGCAUCGACCACAGGCACAACUUCUCGCCGUACAACGUGCUGCUGUACAUCAACUCGGCAGCCACGUCGUCUGCCGCCGUCGGCGAUACCGCCUCGGCGCCGCCGCUGCGUACCGAGUCGCUCGCCUUCCUGCCGCAGCUCCUCCUGUCGUGCGUGCUGAUUCCGCUCGCGCUGGCCAAGAAGGACCUCGCCACGUCCAUGAUGGCGCAGACGUUCGCCUUUGUCACCUUUAAUAAGGUCUGCACCUCACAGUACUUUCUCUGGUACAUGGUCUUCCUACCACUCUACCUUCCCGGCUCGUCAAUGCUGCGGAGCCCCAGGCUGGGGAUCACGGCUCUUGUCCUCUGGGUUGUCGCGCAGGCGGCGUGGCUGCAGCAGGGCUACGAGCUCGAGUUCUUGGGGAAGAGCACCUUUGUGCCCGGCCUAUGGCUGGCUUCGCUAUUCUUUUUCCUGGUCAACUGUUGGAUACUAGGCAUCAUUAUCAGCGAUGGAGCCGAAAGGUCUGUACUUCGAAAGGAAGUUCACUAUGAAUAG